GGAAUUCUUCCAAAUUUGUCAGGGAAUUUUUCAUCUCAUUCUUAUGCCCUAGGGUAGAUGCCCUUGGGAUAGAUUUAAGUGGAAAUCAUUUGGAGGGUCCAUUGCCGUCAUUUCCUGCUAAUACCACGCACAUAAACCUCUCAAAAAAUAGGUUUAAUGGAUCAAUUUCUUCUCUCCGUGCUAUGACUAGUAUGUCUCUUGGGUUCUUUGAUCUUUCAAGCAAUCAACUAUCUGAAGAGCUUCCCAAUUGAAGCUAUGCUGACAAAGCAUCUGUUAUAUGGAAAGGAAUAGAAUAUCCUUAUGAAAAUCUUACACUUCAGAGGACCAUUGAUCUUUCAAGCAACAAACUAACCGGAGAAAUUCCUAUGCAAAUUGCUAGUUUUUCUGAACUGCAUCAAUUGAACUUAUCAAGAAACCAUUUGAUUGGAAGGAUACCACCAAAUAUUGGACAGAUGAGACAAUUGGAAUCACUUGAUCUUUCACACAACAGGCUUUCAAGCUGGCUUCCUCCAAGCAUCACUCAAUUGCAGAGCCUUCCUGCUUCUUCAUUUAUUGAGAAUCCUGCACUCUGUGGACCUCCUCUCCCACAAAAAUGCCCCAGUGAUGAAAAGCCAAUGGAUGGUGGUGUCAAAUACAAUCAACAAGACAAAGAUGAAUUCUGGAAAGUGUUCAAACCCAGUAUUGAAUUUGGAAUGGCGUUUGGCUUUCUAGGAGUUUUGGCUCUCAAAUUAGAUGAUCCCUGGAAACAUAUUUGUUUCCUGUUGUUCAACUACAUGAAGGUUCACCUCAACAACUUGAAGGACUACCUCCUUUCGAUUGUGGCAGCACUUUGUUUGGUGAUAGCUGUGAAAGUUGCUAGAUUGCGAAGAAAGUCGAGGUUCAAGAUGAUUGUUCAGGGACUUCAAGGACUGCUCUUGAGAAGUGAAAUUCCAGGGCUUCCUUUUUAGGCUACCACGGUCUUUAGAACAACCUUUUUUUAUUUCCUAUGUGUGUAAUAAAUUAUGGUUUGUUUGUAUGUUUUAUGGUUUUAUGUAUGUUUAGUUAAUUUCACGAUCUAGUUUGUAAGGAAUGAAGAACAAGUUAUGUG